AUGGGGCAUGAAAAAGAGGGCAGCGGCCGUAGUUCUGGGGUUACUGGCUCCGGUGCUGAUGCCGCUGGAGGAGAAUGCAUCGAAGGGCUGCGGGAGAACGACUACCUGCUGAUCCACUCCUGCCGCCAGUGGACCACCAUCACGGCCCACAGCCUGGAGGAGGGGCACUACGUCAUUGGGCCAAAGAUAGAGAUCCCGGUGCACUACGCGGGCCAAUUCAAGCUGCUGGAACAGGACCGAGAUAUAAAGGAGCCAGUGCAAUAUUUCAACAGCGUGGAGGAGGUGGCCAAAGCGUUCCCUGAGCGCGUGUACGUCAUGGAGGAAAUAACGUUCAACGUGAAGGUUGCCUCGGGGGAGUGCAACGAGGACACGGAGGUGUACAACAUCACCCUGUGCACCGGAGACGAGCUCACGCUCAUGGGGCAGGCGGAGAUCCUGUACGCGAAGACCUUCAAGGAGAGGUCGCGGCUCAACACCAUCUUCAAGAAGAUCGGGAAGCUCAACUCCAUCGGCAAGCUGGGCAGGGGCAAGAUGCCCUGCCUCAUCUGCAUGAACCACCGCACCAACGAGAGCAUCAGCCUGCCCUUCCAGUGCAAGGGCCGCUUCAGCACGCGCAGCCCCCUGGAGCUGCAGAUGCAGGAGGGCGAGCACACCAUCCGCCACAUCGUGGAGAAGACGCGGCUGCCCGUGAACGUGACCGUGCCCAGCCCGCCGCCCCGGAACCCCUACGACCUGCACUUCAUCCGCGAGGGCCACCGCUACAAGUUCGUCAACAUCCAGACCAAGACGGUGGUGGUGUGCUGCGUGCUGCGCAGCAACAAGGUCCUCCCCAUGCACUUCCCGCUGCACCUGACGGUGCCCAAGUUCAGCCUGCCCGAGCCCCUGGGCCAGGGGGACCUGUGGCCCGAGGCCCUGGUGCACCACUGGCUGGGCGUCUGCCAGGAGCAGUUUGACAUCGACGAGUACUCCCGGGCCGUCCGCGACGUGAAGACCGACUGGAGCGAGGACUGCAAGAGCCCCAAGAAGGGCCGCUGCCCCGGCCACAGCCACGUGCCCAGCUCGCUCAGCUACGCGCGCGACGAGCUCACGCAGUCCUUCCACCGCCUCUCCGUCUGCGUCUACGGCAACAAUCUCCAUGGCAACAGCGAGGUGAACCUCCACGGCUGCCGGAACCUGGGGGGCGAGUGGGCCCCGUUUCCCCACGACAUCCUGCCCUAUCAGGACCCGGGGGACAGCGGAGGGAGCGACUACUGCGCACCCGCCCCUCUGCCCGGGCCGCUGGGAGCAGCCGUGCCGCCUGCCGAGAUCGCCCUACCUCCACCUCCAGUGCCUCCCAAGUCCGAAGCCGUCAGGGAAGAGUGCCGGCUCCUGAACGCCCCGCCGGUUCCGCCCCGAAGCGCCAAGCCUCUGUCCACCAGCCCCUCCGUCCCGCCUCGCGCAGCCAGGCCCCGGCCGCAGACUCGCUCUCCCAGCCCCACCCUGUCCUACUACUCGUCAGGGCUGCACGACAUCAGCGUGACUAAGAGCGACGCCAGCCCUUCCGACAGCGCCCCUGCCUCCUGCUACCCAUGCCACCGUGGGAAGCCUGACUCGGUGGACCUGCAGUCCCCGCCGGCCAGCCCCUCGGACCCGCUGUCUGCCCGGCUCUCCUGGCCCAGCCAUCACUCGGGAGCAUCCUCCGAGGGCCACGCCCGCAGCCACCUCCUGCUGGACCCCAGCCGCAGCUACAGCUACCCCAGGACCCCGCCUUUGCCUCUGAAAAUCGACGGUGCUGAGGGGGACCCCACGGCAGGGUCCGCGGACCUGGCCGAGGACCAGUACUUCGUGCCGAAGGGCGCGCAGGACAUCUUCUCGGUCCCGUACCCCUUCUCCUCGCCGCUCCACCUGCAGCUGGCCCCCCGCUCCUGCGGGGACGGCUCCCCCUGGCAGCCGCCCGCCGACCUGUCGGGACUGUCCAUCGAGGAGGUGUCCAAGUCCUUGCGGUUCAUCGGGUUGUCGGAAGACGUCAUCUCCUUCUUCGUGACCGAGAAGAUUGACGGGAAUUUGCUCGUGCAGCUGACAGAGGAAAUCCUCUCGGAGGAUUUCAGACUGAGCAAACUGCAGGUGAAGAAGAUCAUGCAGUUCAUCAACGGCUGGAGGCCCAAGAUAUAGCCCCGUCCCCCCGCCAGCAUCGCACGGACCGGGAACACGUGCUAGGGGCGGGGCUGGGACGCGAGCUCAUGUUUUCUUUUGCACUAAAAACAUUCUCUGUAAAUAGGGGUAAGAGAAGCCCUCACCAGACAGAUCACGUUUUUGAACGGUGAACAGGCUAUUUUGUACAUCCAUAAAAACGCUGUACAGAACACUCAGAGGUGCCUUGUACGUCACUCAACACUCAGCAGCUGCUAAAGGACAACAGGCAAGUCCCGAGUCGGAUUCUCACCCAAGCAGGGUGAUGCGAGGCGGGAUGGUAUUUAUUACAGAAUAGCCAAAGCGGAAGAGACUCGAGGAUCUCUAAGAAACAAAACAAACCUACAGUUUUGGACAACAGUCCCUUCCUGGGUGGGGGAAGAUCUCUUGUAGUGAGCGCUAUCCUGCGCUCUGUUUGGGGUACUCGGUGCGAACUGUCUUACUCUCGUGCCUGGAAUGUUAGUGAUAUGAAAUGACACUGGAAUGUGAGGUGCUCGGUGGGGGGUCUGUGCAUCGAAAGGCAUUUUCCAAAAGUCGUGUGUGGAUGGAAGGCACAGGACGUCCUUAGAAAUCGUACAAACCAUGACCACGGUCAUUCAUCCGUAACUGCUGCUAAUUUUAUUGAGCAGAAGAAGAAAACAAAAACAACAACACAGAAUAGAUCCAAUAUGUGUGUAAAUGUCUACGCAAUACAUAUGUGUAUGUUUUAAACC